AUGAGCCUCGGCUACAGAAUCUCAAAGCUCGGUGGCCUGCAGGCAAGGAGCAUGGCAGCUGCCAUGGGUCGAAUCAUUUCUACUCUGAUAGAUCGGCCCUUGACACCAAUGCGUGAUUUCGACAUGUGCGACGACAAGGACAUGACUAUUUUGACAGAAUGGAACAAUGUUGAAACAACAUGGACAGAGCAGUGCGUCCAUGAUUUGUUUGCCAAGCAAGUCGCUGAUUAUGCAGACAACAUGGCUGUUGACGCCUGGGAUGGCCAAUUUACCUACCGCGAACUGGACCGACUGUCGUCAAGUCUCGCAGAGCAUCUCAUGGACUUGGGUGUCAAGCCCGAGACUUUUGUUGCUCUGUGUUUUGAAAAGUCCAAGUGGCUUGUCGUGUCCAUUCUUGCAGUCAUCAAAGCUGGGGCCGCAUAUGUUGUCAUUGAGCCAUAUUACCCCCUUGCCCGCAUGACAGACAUUUGCACCCAGCUCGAAAUAGACAUCAUGUUGGCUAGUCCAGACUUGCUCCAUCUAGCAAAUAAGCUCUCUCAUCAGGCUGUGGCUGUAGAACCAGGUUCCCAGUACCUUGAUCAUGGCCAAGGUGCAAGGAAGCAAAGGAAAAGAACAACGCCCAGCAACCCCCGGAAUGCACUCUACGUUGUGUUUUCUUCGGGUUCUACCGGCAAGCCAAAGGGAAUCGUCGUUGAGCAUGCGGCAUUUGUCAGCUGGGGCACAACUCUGAGGCAGUCACUCUGCUUGGGUGCCCAUUCUCGGGUACUUCAGUUUUCGAGCUUUGCUUUUCUCAUUGCUCACCGCGACGUUUUGCUCACGCUCAUGUUUGGAGGUUGCGUCUGCAUGCCGUCUGAAUCGCAACGACUCAACCACCUCGAGACAUUCAUUACGGACCAUCGCGUCAACUGGGCCAACCUGACGCCGUCUGUGGCUGCCCUGCUCAAUCCAGAAAUGGCAACUGGGCUGCAGACGUUGCUCCUGACGAGCGAGCCCAUGUCUCUCUCGAGCCUCACUACAUGGGACGGCAAAGUAAACCUUUUGUUUGCGUAUGGCCAAGGAGAGAGUGUCAGCCUGUGCUGUGUCAAUACGAGCCCUACGGCUGGCUCUGAUCGGAAGAAUGUUGGCCAUAGGGUUGGGAGAAAAGUCUGGCUGGUUGAUCCCGACAAUCACAAUAAGCUGGUUCCUGUGGGAGCCAUUGGCGAAUUGGUCAUUCAAGGGCCUAUACUGGCACGUGGUUAUCUCGAUUCAGAGAGAACAGCGCUUGCCUUUUUUCAUGAUACGCCUUCUUGGCUACGAAAGCUACAGCCAGGAUACAGCGGACGACUCUACAAGACUGGGGACCUGGCACAGUUUGCCGACGACGGCUCCGUUCGCUACAUUAGCAGAAAAGACAACUCUGUCAAGCUAUACGGGCAGCGACUAGACUUGGAUGAAGUGGUACGACACAUUGAGAAUUGUCUGACAGAAAUGUCAGACACUGCAGUUUCCAACGUGGUUGCGGAUCUAUUCCCUGUUCCUCACUCCAACGACGUCAAACUGACGGCUCUUCUCGGAUUGGACUCUACAUCGGCAGAUACAAGCAAUACUCUUCUCUUGGGACCCUUGGAUCAAGCCUCUGUCUACCUACGGGAGUUUAGAGCCCGCUUAGCCGACGUGGUUCCUCGAUACAUGAUCCCGGCUCUCGUCGUUCCCGUAUCCCGCAUACCACUCAACCUUUCAGGCAAAAUCGAUCGCAGACAGCUGCGCGAUCUACUCUCUCUCAUGACUGAUGCAGAACUGGCAUUAUGUAUGGAGUCGAAUGCGAGCCAUGAAGCUCCGUGUACGGCUCAAGAACUACAGCUUCGUACGCUGUGGUCACAAGUGUUGCACACGGCCGAGUCGAGCAUCGGAAGACUCGACGACUUUUUUCGACGAGGCGGUGACUCGCUGGCGGCAAUGAAACUAGUCUCCCUCGCGCACGCAGCCGGGUUGGCCCUGCGUUUUGGUGAUAUUUUUGCGCAUCCGCGGCUCUCGAGCCAGGCACACCUUGUCGACUCUGCAACCGCACCGAGACGUGCACAAGACGAUUACUGCUGCGCUGCCUUUGGCUUGGUUACAGAGAGCCGUAAGAAAAUGAUACUUGCAGUCGCCACCGAGAAGUACGGAUUGUCAGAGUCACAGGUGGAGGACAUCUACCCAACCACACCAAUGCAGGAAGGCCUCAUUGCGCUCAACGAUCUACGGCCGGGUUCCUAUGUAUCACAACGAGUGUACAAAAUUGCAAACGACGUCAGUCUUUGCAAAUUAAAGUCAGCAUGGAAGAGCACCAUGGAUGCGAAUCCUCCAUUGCGAACUCGUCUUGUACGGUGCUCUGAUAAUGGUUCAACGUAUCAGCUCGUCGUCCGCAACCAGAUGGCGAUUGACAUGAACAAUGAUUUGAACGAUUAUCUGACAAAGGACGCAGCCAAACCAAUGAAUCUUGGUACACCACUAGUGCGACUAUCAAUAAUAUGCAACGCUCAAAAGGCGCCGAACUUUUGUGUUGUGACGAUGCAUCAUUGCAUAUACGACGCUUGGUCCACGUCCUUGUUGCUGAGACAGGUUCGUGACGCCUACCAUGGAAGCAUUCCAUCUCCACAAACAUUUAGACAAUUCGUGAAUUACGUUCAACAAGCGAGCCAUGACUCGGCCGAGUAUUGGAAAGCCGAAUUGGCGGAUAUACAUGCCGAGCCGUUUCCGGCCUUGCCGUCUCAGAACCAUUCCCCCAGCACUACCGAGUCCGAGAUGCUGAGUACACAGCUGCCUCGGAGCGGCGCAUCAACAGCCAAUACAACUCUUGCUACCUGUAUUCAGCUAGCGUGGGCUGUAACGGUGGCCAGUUAUACCGGCAUCAAUGAUGUCGUGUUUGGCUUGACAGUCUCUGGCAGAGCAUCCCCGGUACCGGGGAUUGACAAGAUGGCUGGUCCUACAAUUGCAACAUUCCCUUUGCGGGUUCAACUGCAAUCAAAUGCAUUAGUACGGGAAGAGCUUCAGGCCUUGCAAAAUCGUGUGCUAUCGACAAUACCAUUUGAACAUUUUGGGCUGCAGAAUAUUAGUCGCCUGGGAGACGACGCAGCCAAAGCAUGCAAGUUUCAGAGUCUUUUGGUGAUCCAGCAGAAUGAAUUUCUACCCAACGAGAAUCGUGAGAUUCUUAUCCCUACUGCAGGUCAUGUUGUUCGACCAACGUGGGAUACAUAUGCGCUGUCCAUCUUGUGCAGUCCUGCUGUUGAUGGCAACAUCCACUUCGAGGCUGUCUACGAUGCUGCUGUAGUGCCCAAGGCCCAGACGCGACGCAUACUACAAGUAUUUGCCAACAUUUUGAAGCAGACGGUUUCGUCACCAGACAUGGUAGUGACUGACAUUGAUGGCAUCAGCACCGAGGACAUGCAGCAAAUUCAAGCCUGGAACAACUCGGUCUCUCCGACCGUCAUGAAGUGCAUCCACGACAUGAUCCACGACCAUGUCGUGUCUCGGCCAGAAGCAACCGCGAUUGACGCCUGGGACGGCCAGCUCACAUACAAGGACCUCGAUGAGCAGUCGUCGCUGCUGUCUGCGGCGAUUCUUGCAGGCCACGGCCUACUACGCCAGGAGACUUUUGUUCCCCUCUGCUUGGCAAAGUCCAAAUGGGUAGCCGUGGCCAUUCUAGCAGUCAUCAAAGCCGGCGGCGCCUUUAUACUCUUGGAUGCUUCCCACCCGACGGAGCGCCUCGCCUGGAUUCGCAAGAAUGCACAAGCGCCCAUCAUCCUGUGUGCCGAGGACACGGCUGGGUUGGCAGCGCAGCUCGGCUGUCGGCUCGUUAUCCAGGUAGACGCAAGCAACAACACCCAAGAAAAGGCACUCUCGGCGUUGCCGAUUGGUGUACAUCAUCAGCCCAGCAGCCGCCCCCAGACACGCCCUGGCAAUGCCGUCUGCGCCAUAUACACCUCGGGUUCGACGGGCGCUCCCAAGGGCGUCGUCAUUGAGCACUCGGCCCUGGCCACGCAGAUAUCCUCUCUCGGUCCUUUAUAUGAGCUGAACCACCAGUCUCGUAUCUUUCAAUUUGCGUCUCAUGCGUUUGACGUUGCCGUCUCUGAUUACUUGUUUGGCCUGGCCACGGGCGCGUGCAUAUGCGUGCCCCAGGAAGCAGACAGCCGAGACAAUCUAGCCGGUGCCAUGAGAGGAUGCAGGGCCAACUGGGCCUUUUUGACACCUUCGGUCGCCAGGACGCUGAGCACCUAUGAUGUACCCAAUCUUAGGGUUCUGGUAAUUGGUGGUGAAUCCGCUAGAGCAGCAGACUUCCGGACUUGGUCUGGCGCAUUAAGACUACUCUACGUGUAUGGCCCUGCUGAAUGCUCAAUCUACAGCACAGUGCAGACCAUCAGUCAGCCGACGGCAAAUCCUGUAAAUGUCGGAAGGGGCGUCACUGGCGCAUGCUGGCUGGUAGAACCCAACAAUCCGGAGAAACUAGUUGCCAUUGGGGCGGUUGGAGAGUUGCUAGUGGAAGGCCCCCUCGUUGGUCGCGGCUAUCUGGGAGAUGAAAGCCUCAGCUCCUCAUCCUUCAUUCCGUAUCCAAAGUGGCUGCAGGCCCUACGAGGGGGCCAUUCAGUCAACAGACUAUACAGAACCGGAGACAUGUUACGGUAUAGCCCCAUUGGCGACGGGUCGCUCGAGUUUGUUGGCCGCAAAGACAAUCAGGUAAAGCUUCAUGGGCAGAGAAUGGAGCUUGCAGAGAUUGAGCAUCACGUUGCGCAAUCUUUUCCCACGGCUACCGAUUCCAUAGUGGAAAUGAUUACGCCCCUAGGCUCGACCGACCAGAAAAUACUUGCCGCCUUUAUCUGGGACGCCACCACCACCAGUAGUAGUAGUAGUGCAGGAAAGCACUCUGUUCAAAGUCUCGGUACGCUGGAUGAACCAAGCCUCUUUGCCGGACAAGAUGAAGUCUUCAAAUCGAGGGUAUCCUCGGCAGAGGCAAAACUACGAAAGAUCUUACCUCGCUUCAUGAUCCCCUCAUCGUGGAUUCCACUGGCUCGAUUCCCCCUCUCUCCUAAUGGAAAAGCCAAUCGGCGACUAAUCAAAGGGCAAGCUUGUCUGCUUUCCAGGCAGGAACUGGGCAUCUACCAAAGCUGCUUUGGGCCAUCCAACAAGAGGCUCCCCCGCCCCCCAUCUACCGAGUCAGAAGGCAGGAUACACCAACUCGUCGCUGAUGUACUCGGUCUCAGUGGCACAGACGUGGGAAUGAAUGACAAUUUCUUUCAGCUUGGGGGUGACUCCAUCAAGGCCAUGAUCAUGUCUACACGAGCGACCGAUAUGGACUUGAGGCUAGCGGCAGCGGAUAUCCUGGCCUAUCCUCGUCUUUGUGACAUGGCCGCCGAGGUUGCAGUGUAUGCGAGCGCCAACAAAAAAACCUGCUCCUAUUUAGAGCGACAUGCACCGCCGCCGCCUUUUUCGCUACUUGCACCAGAGUACAAUCACGAUGAGCUGCUACAAGAGAUUUCAGAACAAUGCAAAGUAGACAAGGAUAGCAUUGAAGACGUGUACCCGUGCACGCCACUACAGGAAGGACUGUUUGCUCUCACCAUCAAGCAGCCCAGUGCAUAUGUCCUCAGGUUUACGCUCCAGCUCACCCAAGAUGUCGACGUGGAUCGUUUCAAAAAUGCGUGGGACACCGUCAUGGCAGUAAAUCCCAUCCUGCGUACACGAAUUGUAUGCGCCACCAGUCUCGGAGGUAGCUUGGUUCAGGCUGUCAUGUGCAACAAGGCGAGCUACGAGCAACCAAUUGACACGACUAGCCAGUACACUGUUGGAUUGGGCAGACCUUUGUUUACUAUCCAACUUUUGCCGCGGGACAAGGACGUGGAUAGAUACAGAGCGGUCGUGACUAUACACCAUGCUCUCUAUGAUGGUGUGUCGUUGGGUCUGGUCCUGAAGCAGCUAUCAGCAGCUUACUACCAACGCGAAGAAACAACGAGAACAUGGCCGUAUAAUUGUUUCAUCCAGUAUUGCCUCUCGCAACCCUCAGACGAGCAAGUCAGGCGCUUUUGGGAGGCAGAGCUGGCAGACGCUGCUGGCUCUGUAUUCGCAACGAAGGCGCCCAUGAUGGAUUCCUAUUUUCUGCAGUCCCCGCUACACGCAGAAUCUCGCGUGUCCCUUGAAAUGUCUGACGCACAAUCCAAUGUCCCGCUUUCAGCAGCGCUCAAGCUAGCUUGGGGAGUAGUCCUGUCAAGUUUUACCGGACAAGGCGACGCCGUCUUUGGUACCGUAGUCAGCGGCCGAAUGGCGAAUGUAAAGGGCAUUGACAAGAUGGCUGGACCAACAAUUGCGACGGUCCCCUUUCGAGUCCGCCAUGCACCCUCAAUGACGAUCCAGCAGGCUCUGGAUGAAGUGCAGUCGCGGAGCGUAGAAAUGAUUCGCUUCGAGCAGACUGGGUUGCAGCGGAUCCGUCAACUCGGGUUUGCCGACGCCUGUCGGUUUCAAAGCCUCCUGAUAAUACAAUUUGCAGAGGAAGAGAAUCUUCCUGCGAGCCCCUUGUACACACUGGUUCAGGAGAAGCCAGCAGACACCUUUCAUACCUACCCCCUCACGAUUGAGUGCAGUCCCUCCUCUGGGCGGUCCGUCCAUUUGCGCGCAACGUUUGAUUCUGAUGUGAUGCCUGCCAAGUUGGUAAGUCGCCUCUUGGCGCAAUACUCUCUCGCUCUUGCGCACAUUACUGCGAAGCCAUGGGAACCCUUGUCCUCCAUCCCUCUACAAUGUCUGGAAGAUGCGACACGGGUGUGGGCAUGGAAUAAGAUUGUCCCUCGCAGAAAGGACACUUGUGUCCAUGAGAUUGUUAGCGGUAACCUCGCGAAGCGACGAAAUUCUUCCGCGGUUUGUGCGUCGGAUGGAGAGUUGACGUAUCAAGAGCUAGAGGACAAGUCUGCCAGGCUCGCUGGCCACCUGACGAGCCUCGGCGUAGGACCUGGGAAAAUGGUUCCGCUGUGCUUUGAAAAGUCAAAGUGGGCGAUUGUGGCUACGCUAGCAGUACUCAAAGCUGGUGGCGCGUUUGUUCCGCUGGAUACAUCUCAAGCCGCGGGCCGGAGAGAGACUAUUCUGGCUUGCGUGGGAGCAGAGGUGAUACUGACCUCUGCCAAAUACGCUACAAUGCUUGCGAGUACCGAUCGGCUUGUAUUUUCAGUGUGUGAUGCGAGUUCAAAGGAGCUGCAAUUGCCGUCAGUGUCCCCGGCUUUGCAUGGGCUAGACUCGUCUGCUGCAUACGUCUUGUUCACAUCUGGGAGUACCGGAAAGCCAAAGGGAGUCGUCGUGGACCAUGGCGCUCUCAGCACCAGCUGCCUUUUCCAUGGGUCAGAGAUGGGAUUCAGUGAAAAGACGCGGGCACUUCAAUUCACAUCAUAUACCUUUGAUAUAAGCCUGAUGGAGAUUUUCACGACGCUCUUGUAUGGCGGCUGCAUCUGCAUGCCAUCCGAUGCUGACAGGUUCAACAACCUCGAGCUGAGCGCUAGCAGCAUGGAGGUUAACACUGUGUCUUUGACGGCGUCUGUGGCGAGACUUGUUGAGCCAGACCGCAUGCGCUCCCUGGAAACCAUCAUAUUCGUGGGAGAAGACGCCACUGACGAUGACUUUAAGAAGUGGAGGCAUCUUCCUCACAUCUUCAACGCAUACGGGCCAACCGAAUGCACCAUCUUUUGUUCAAUCAACAAAGUUCAAGUCGACAGCAAUUCUAGCUCAAAUAUUGGAAAAGCCGUCGGCUCCGUGUGUUGGGUCGUGUCUCCCCAGGAUCACUGUAGGCUGGUGCCAAUCGGAGCUGUUGGAGAGUUGCUUGUGGAAGGACCCGUUUUGGCGCGAGGCUACCUGAAUGAUUCAGAAAAGACAUUGACAUCCUUUAUUGAAGAUCCGCCUUGGUUGGUACAGGGAAUCCCAGGUUGCGCGGGUAGACGAGGUCGGCUGUACAAGACGGGCGACUUGGUACGCUACAACGAGGACGGGAGUCUGACAUACUGCGGACGCAAAGACACUCAGGUGAAAAUCCGGGGUCACCGUGUGGAGUUGGGUGAAGUUGAGUGUCAAAUACGCGACUGCAUAGCCGGGGUGAAUCAUGCAGUCGUCAUGGCUAUUCCUCCUGACGGACGGAAUGCAUUGCCCGUGUUGACGGCUUUUCUGUGUUUUGAUGAUGAUGAUGAUGAUGAGAAAAGCUCAAAAGAAAUUCAUUGCCGCACUGUUUCAAUCCCAACAUCGACAAGAGAAGCUUUGGCGGACCGCUUGCCGGCGUACAUGAUACCCAGCAUAUUCCUCGCUGUUGGGCGGCUGCCACUGAAUACAUCUGGAAAGAUGGAUCGCAGUCAACUCCGGGAUAUAUUCUCCAGCCAUUUCCAGCAGGGACAAGGAGCCAAGGGGGGUGUUACAACACUGAAAGGUUUGCAGCAGCAACAACAGAAUCGCCAGCCUGAACAAGAGCAAAAAGUCGAGUUGCAACAUGGCCAGCCCACAGCAGUAGGCGCCGCAUCCUCGUUGGCCGCCUCAUCGUCACCAUUUCGUGACUGUGCCAAUGAGACGGAAAGGCGAAUCAGGGUAGCUUGGUCUACAGUACUCGGAAUACGCAGCGAGAUGAUGGGCGUCGAUGACAAUUUUUACGACAUUGGUGGGGACUCUAUUCGCAUCAUCAGUCUCAUGAGGCUAAUCCAAAACGAAUUUGAUGUUUGGCUGGGGCAGUCGUUGGUCAACAGUCGCAAUACAACAAUUUCCAAGAUUGCAGAUUACGUUGACAACAACAGGUUUGACGCGGGGGGUUCAACAUUUGACUUGGAGGGAAAGAUAGGAGAAACGUUGUCUUCCAGCUGGACCGCAGCAACGUCUCAGCCAUGGUUCAGCCCAACCAAGUCAGUUCGAGCGCCCGCCAUCAUAUUCCUCACGGGAGGGACUGGCUUCCUCGGCACACAGAUUCUACACCGUCUUCUAAUUUCAGACGUCGUUGCACGGGUAGUCGCUCUUGUUCGUGCAACCUCUGCCGCUCACGGCCUAGAACGUUUGAGACAAUCAGCAGUCACUGCCGGGUGGUGGAAAGCAGAGUAUGAAGCACGAAUCACAGUGUGGACUGGAGACUUGCAGCUUGCCCAGCUUAGUCUGAGUGGCUCGCAGUGGGCGCAGCUGUCGGGCACAGCGACCGUCGACAAUGUCACCGCAGUCAUUCACAACGGCGCCGUUGUGAACUGGCACAUGGACUACGACAGCCUACAAUCAGCAAACGUCUCCGCUACCAUUGAGCUUCUCAAGGCGACAGCCUUGUCCCGCAGCUCGCCGCGGUUUGUCUUUGUAUCAGGCGGCAUCAUGGCUGACUUGGACACCAGCCCGGGCAAUACCGUGGUCGCCGAGCAGUUGAGCCGGAGCAAUGGCUACUCUCAAAGCAAAUUCGUCGCAGAGGCCAUUGUUCGUCGCUUUGUCUCGCAACUGCCAUCCUCUCAGAACCGCUUCUCCGUCAUUAAACCGGGCAUGAUAAUCGGGACUGCCGACAAGGGUGUCGCAAACGUCGACGACUUUAUCUGGAGAGUCGUCGCGACGGCGUCGCGCUUACAGCUAUUCCCCCUCGAUGCCAAGGAGAGCUGGGUGCCCAUCUCGGACGCUGAUUUUGUCGCUUUGCAGACUGUGACGCAAAUCCUCUCCGACGACAUUUCGCCAUACGUCAAUAUAGCAACCACGUUUGGCCUCGGCUCUCUUGAUUUCUGGGACCAAGUCAAUUCAGAGCUACAUCGUCCAUGCAAGCCAGUCCCAUGGUCCGUUUGGGUCGAGCGUGCUCUCGAAGAUGUGAAUCAAAGUGGCCAAGACCAUCCGCUGUGGCCGGUGCAACAUGUUUUAAAAGGCAGCAAAAACUCGAGCGGCAUUUCGGCAUCGUCACCCCUCUCGCCUCCAGACAAGCAAGUGCUUUGCAAGGCUGUCAGAGCAAAUGUGCGUCAUCUUGGUCGGGUUGGCUUUCUUGAAACUCGUCGACAAGAGUAA